GAGCGCGCUUCUUACACCUUGAGGUCGUCGUGCUGAGUGGCGAACGCGUUUGAGUUGGAUUUUUAAGGCGUCGUUAGUCCGUAGAUCACAUCGGGCCAUGUCUUCGGAUGCAGCAGAGUUGAAAAAACUCGUGAAACAGUUGCAAAGCUCGAGCUCAAGUGAGGAUAUCGUGUCGACGCUCCGUUCACUUAGAAAAGAUUUCAAAGUAAAUGAAGCCAUCCUUAGGGAAAGCAAGGCGGGGUUAGCGGUGGGGAAGUUGCGCACGCAUGCCUCGAAAGCCGUCGCGGAUCUCGCGAAGGACGUGGUCAGGCAGUGGAAGGUGGAGGUCGAGCAAGCAAAGGCGGGUGCAGCCGCAAGCAAGCCGACGUUGGGUGUGAAUACCUCCGGUGCGUCGUCGCGUGUAUCUCCCACAUCGGCGCAACCACCCUGACCGACUGCAGUCGCAAAGAAACCGACGCCCAC